UCCUCCCCGCAGACAGCGCGUCCUGUCGCCUCUCCAGCGCAAUGGUCUCCUGGAUCAUCUCUAGACUUGUGGUACUUGUGUUUGGUACACUAUAUCCUGCGUACUCCUCUUACAAAGCUGUGAAAUCAAAAGAUGUGAGGGAAUAUGUGAAAUGGAUGAUGUACUGGAUAAUAUUUGCCCUAUUCACAACUGUGGAAGUAUUUACGGAUAUGUUUGUUUGUUGGCUUCCUUUCUACUAUGAGCUGAAGAUAGCGUUUGUGGUGUGGCUGCUGUCCCCUUACACUAAAGGCUCUAGCGUGCUAUACAGGAAGUUUGUUCAUCCCACUCUUUCCUCAAAAGAAAAGGACAUCGAUGACUACAUCUGCCAGGCCAAGGACAAAAGCUAUGACACACUGGUGCAUUAUGGGAGAAAGGGGCUAAACGUUGCGGCCACAGCUGCCGUCAUGGCUGCAUCAAAGGGCCAAGGAGUCCUAUCAGACAGACUGAGGAGUUUCAGCAUGCAGGAUCUGUCUUCCUACCAGUCGGACCCCGACGACAGUGGCCCUGGGACCACACAGUCCGCAGCAGCACAGCAUCGGACCAGAACUAUGAUGCGCAGCAAGUCGGAGAGCUACAAGGGGCAGGAUUUUGACGUAUCUGAGUAUGAGGUGUUGGGGUUGGACCAAUGGGACUCCAAGGAGUCGCUGUCCCAGACCAUUUCACCCUCUGAGUCUGAGUCCACACCCGUAACGCUCUCACUGACAACCCAGUCCACCCCGCCCUCCACGCCCUCUCAACCUCCCACGCCCCCUCCAUCUCCCACUCCCCCAGUUCCGGAGCAGUCAGAGGAGGUGGGGAAAGAGGUGCAGGCAGGCCUGAGCUCUCCGCAGCUCAGGCUGGUUAAGAGGAAGGCUCCUGAGCCUCCUCUUAGAGUCUUAAGGCCUCUCACAAGAUCCAGGAGUGCUCUUUCUUCAAACAAUGAAGCCAUGUGAAACUGUCCUCAAGACGACUCCAGCUGCCUUCGCUGCAAGAAGUAAAAAAAAAAAAAAUACUGAAUGGCCAAAAGCUACAUGACUGAAGCAGCCUUGCUUUGGAAUAAGGUAUUACCAAAGUGACCUAUGAUGAUCCCUCUAUCUGUAGUGUAUAGCUUGAUGCUCCUGAUCAAACAGGUGAGGUUGAAUUAAGAGAAAUGAGUGAAUGGGCUCCAUGCUGAUAGACACUUUUUUUUCAUGUGUUUAUGUACAGUUUGUGUGUACCUCAUCUUUCUGAUUUAAUGGUUCUUAUAUAUCAGGUUUGGGUAGGCAAGUGCAUGAGUGUCUUCCCAGUCAUUAGUCCACUGUUUGUUCAGCAGAAUGUACUGUCACUGAAUCCUACAGCUGGUUUUGAGAAUGACGCGGUCACUCUUCGAGAAUAUGUUAAAAGCCAAGGAAAAAAAACAACUUAAUCUGUUCUGGAGAAACAUCUGCGAGCAGCUGAAUUCUGCACUGAUGAAUUAUCUUAUCAAGAUUUUGUGAAAUCAGCCAAUUACCUUAAAAUGAAAAAAUAUAAAACUUACUUAUUGAAGAGUCAGACAGCGGUGGUGGACAAUAUUCUGUUAUUUACCUCUAUAUUAAAGCCUUAAAUCAAAAGAUAGUAGAGAUGCAAAAAUAAAUAAAAAGUCUCUACACAUGUUGUGACUAUUUGUAACACAUAUUCAUUCUCAUUAAACUAUCAUGUUUGCACUAUGUCUAGAAUUUAAAUUACUACCCUAAAUACUCAAUGAAAUGGCCAAAAGUUACAUAAUAAUCAUAGUAAAUUAGUCGCAGAUUAUUAUAAGUAAUAUAAAAAGUUACAGUUUAUUUCAUCUGUGGUGAAAGAAAUAAGAAGUAAUGACGCCAGUUUCACAUAAAAAAAAGAAAAAAAGGUCACGACCACAAGAGUUUUUGUCAGUGGAGCAGCCUUUUUUUUUUUUUUGACAAUCUACUGUUAAAAAUAAAUGAUUUGGCAGUUUAAGGCCAAUUAUGAACACGUCACUUUCAGCUGUAGCUGAAACGGACAAGAAACAAAUCGAUAUUUACUGUAAACAAACAUGGUUUAUUUUUCCAUGUUUGAAAUCACUGUGUAAUGUUCUGUCCACUGAGCAACACUAAACCAGACGAUCUUAACCUUC